CUGGCCCAAUAACUGCGACAAAAACAGAAAGCAAUGUCUAGUAGAUGACAACACAUUCACACCAGCACCCACACGCGCACCCACCCAACCAGACGCCACCAUACCUCUUUCCCAAAAUCCAAGUUUCUCAGACACAAACGACCCAAGUUCUAAGCCCCUCUAAUUCUACCUAUCUGUCCCUUGUGUGCUUACAGUUCACUGCUGAUGGAUGACUCAGCAUCUUCGGCAAAGACAGCAAGUCUGGACGCUCCCCUGCAUGUAUUUGGGUUUGAGUUACAAGAUUUGUCCCCCACCAAAGUCACGGGACGCCUUCAAGUCACCCAAAAGUGCUGCCAGCCAUUCAAGGUGUUGCACGGUGGAGUUUCGGCUCUGAUAGCGGAGGCGCUGGCUAGCAUCGGGGCUCACAUGGCUAGCGGUUACCAAAGAGUGGCUGGAAUCCACCUUAGCAUCAAUCAUGUGAAGCGCGCCGAACUGGGAGACCGUAUCUUCGCUGAGGCUACCCCGGUCAACGUUGGCAAGACCAUUCAGGUAUGGGAGGUUCGACUAUGGAAAACAAACCCUUCAAGCUCAGGGAGCAGAUCCUUGGUAUCCUCAUCGAGGGUUACUCUUCUGUGCAACAUGCCUGUGCCAGAGCACGCAAAGGAUGCUGGAGAAAAUCUCAAGAAGUUUGCCAAGCUAUGAUAUUGGACUCGGUUCUGUAUUUUUUUAUUUUCUGAGAUAUACUUGGUUCUAUAUUUGCUGUAAUGAUAGCAACAACAAAUUUAACAACGUAUUCCAGAUCACUUGUAUACGUGUACAUCCCUUGGUUAAUUGAACAACUAUUUCUGCAAUGUUA